CGCCCCCUAGUUGUGAGCUCUCGUGCUCUUGCGCUGACCCCGCCCCCUCCUCGUCAGGCCUUCUCACUGAUUGGCUGGCGGGCGGUGUCAUGAGAAGUGUUAUGAGCCGGUUGUGUGUGACUAAACUUCCGCAGAUCCUGCAGCCGAAUACCAGACUGGAGACAUGCGCGUGGCAGUGAUUGGAGCUGGCGUCAUCGGGCUAUCGACGGCUCAGAGCAUCUAUGAGCGCUAUCAUUCCACUGUCACUCCUCUGACCAUCGAGGUGUACGCAGACCGUUUCACUCCACUGACCACGAGUGAUGGAGCUGCCGGCUUCUGGCAGCCGUACCUGUACGACAAAGGCAACGUCAAUGAGACACAAUGGAAUAAAGAGACAUUUGACUACUUGCUGAGCUUCCUCAGUUCACCAGAGUCCAUAAAAAUGGGUAUAUUCCUUCAGUCUGGCUAUAACGUCUGCACUGAACCAACCCCAGAUCCUUCCUUUAAAGAUUCUGUCCUAGGUUUCAGAAAGCUCAGUGACCGGGAGCUGCAGUUGUUUCCUGGAUACAGUUAUGGGUGGUUCAACACUGCUCUCAUGGUGGAAGGCAAAACUUACUUGCCCUGGCUGAUGGAUUGGUUGCAGAAGCGUGGAGUGAAAUUUUACCACAGGAAAAUAGAGUCCUUCAAGGAGUUGGCAGAAACUGGGGCAGACGUGAUCAUUAACUGCACUGGCGUGAGAUCAGGUGAUCUUCAGCCGGACCCAGACCUGAAACCAGGCCGCGGUCAGAUUGUGAAGGUGGAUGCUCCGUGGUUGAAGCAUUGGAUUAUUACCCACAACUUCAAGACGGGAUUCUACAACUCGCCGUACAUCAUCCCAGGGAGUCGUCUUGUGACUGUGGGUGGGGUUUGCCAGAUUGGAAACUGGAGUGAACAGAACAACUCCAUUGACCAUAAGGACAUCUGGGAAGAGGCCUGCAAGCUCGUGCCCAGUCUCCAGCAUGCCAAGAUAGUGGACGACUGGUCCGGCCUCAGACCUGUUAGAACUAAAGUCCGACUGGAGCGGGAGACCAUUCAGGCUGGUAUUACUAACAUGGAGGUGAUCCACAACUACGGCCAUGGAGGUUUCGGACUCACCAUUCACAGGGGCUGCGCUGAGGAGGCAGCGAGGCUCUUCGGUCAGAUCGUGGACGCAAAAGGCAACGGACCAAGAGCUCGCUUGUAAAUUUGAGUCAUGGUGAAGACACUUCAAUUUAAAUUUCAUAAUCAGUGCCUUUUAAUUUAGUGCAAUUUCUUUAGUGCAAUAGAAAUCAGUGGGGGUAACAUGAUGAAAUGUUACAAAAAGUUCCGUCCAGUAUUAAUUAAUAGAUGGUUCAUCUAUGGAAGCAAUAAUUUGAAAAGUAUAGAAUGUUUACAUGACAAUGAAAAGCUCAGUAAAAGUAGAUACUGACAUUAUUUGGCGAUGAAGCCAAAUCUUAGAUUUUCUUUAGUAGAAAAUAACAACAGUAAUCCAGUGCUCUUUUUGAAAGAUCAUUUACUACGAUAUUAUACACAUUUACACCCAGAGUAUUGACAAGAAUCUGUGCACACAGACACACAACGCAGUACUCUAUCUCAAACACUGGCAGGUUAAGUGUGAGCCUGCUGCUGGAUCUGUGCUGGAUGCUGUUCGUUUGUGUUGUUGUUUUUUAUUACUUUCAUCAGUGUGUUACUGAUAGAAACAGAUUUGUCAAAGUCUUUUUCCACAUCACCUUUUUUUUUUUUAAACAAACAAAAGCAAAGACAACACUAAACCAGGUAUCAAUGCGCUUUUCACAGAAAGUAACAUCCGGGUGAAUGAGUUCCAUCUGUGCACAAUCUCUGAGUGAAGCAAAAGAUGCAACAUGACUUUAUGGUCCUAACACCAUAUACUCAUUUACUGCUAUUUAAAUUUGAGACACAUUUGGGUCAUUGCAGUGUCGAAAUUGCAAUGUCCUAAUACUUUUAUAAUUUGUCCAGGAUCAGUGGACUCAUUCAGUUUGUGUUAUAAAUCUUGCACCUUUGUCGAUUGUAUUAUGCUCUGAUUCAGACUUUGACAGAUUUAUCAGCUUAUUGCCAUAUUAUGAUCCAGAAAUCGUGUUAUUAGAGUAAUAACUGGAGUUAAAUCUGUCUUAACCUUACUUUUUAUGAGAGAAUAAAUACUAGAAUGUGAAAUACUCUAGUUUAAAUAAAAAGUAUAAUGAUGA